UCUAUUUCCCUCCAACCAAACAAAGCAUUAAUCUCUCUAUUGCGUCCCUAGGUAGUCAUUUCCCUCGAUUUGGUGCCUUAAUAGUUGGUGGCUACCAGCUAUCUCAGAAGACAUCAAACACCAGCAAAAUCGAAGGCCCUCCGGCAGACCUCGUGAAGCAUAGACGACCUUUCAUCACGUUUUCCCAUACCCAGCCGCGUCCUCACUCUCCUCAACCGAGCUGCUCCUUUUGCUCAGCCUUGAAACUCUGAUCCGAAAGCUCAAAACGCCUCGUUUGAUAUGGUCUUCCUUCUCUCGGCUACGCAUAUCUCUGGAAAAGCAAAUGGAGAGAAAAAUGGCGACCUCAACAACAUCGGGUGGAAGUGGAAGUACCAAGGGGACCUCAAGGAGCAGCAGCACCAGAGAAGACAUUGCUAAAGCAAUGGUCGCUGAACAGAUUUCUCAGGCCGUACAAUCCACCUCCAAUCUCCUCCACCUUAUGCAACAAUCCUCUGCUUCUCAGGCCCAGCUAAUGAAGCUUCCAAAGAACCUCCUAGCAAAAGCCUCUGUAGUGAAAAACACUGGGCAAGUUUUAGAGCAGAUGCCUCGGGUGAUUUCAUCCUUAGAUGCACAUAUGGAAAAUGGAUUGGAAAGUGUACCUCAUUUGAGAACUGUAGUCCAGUUACUUGCUAACAUGGAAAGCUGCCAGCUUAACUUUGCUUCUCAAGCUCCACUUCCUCAGGAGGAAACUGAGCUCCCAAAUCAACCAUCAGAGGUGGGCUAAUUGACCGACUUUAGCAACCAUUUUGAUGGCGCGAUCGAACAGAAGCUUUACAAACCAUAUCUAGGGACUUUAAUCUAGCUCAAUGAUGUUAUGGGGUUCCACUGUACAUCCUGCAUAACAAGUAAAAUGUUUCUGAUCUGGGAGUGUUGCUGUGCUGGACUAGAAAUUAUGCUCUUUUUUCAGUCUCAUGCAUAGACUUAUUGCAGGGAUUAGAAAUUAUGUUCAUAACCUUGAUCAAAGCCUGCACAACUCAAGGGGAACAGCUAGCAGGCCAUGUCUUGUUCUUGCCAGUUAUUUGAAACACUUGUUCAUUGCUGUUCCAUGACUUGCUCACCAAAUGUAAUGGGAUUGAUAUAAUGUGUUAUCAUUGGGAAAAUAUUCAAAUUGCAGAUCAUAAAAGAAAUGUUUUCCUAUCUACAAA